AUGGCAAAUCAGACUCUGCAAGGCAAUAGCCAAUUCGCCCAUCCUUUGCAACAUUUGCAUCAGCAAGCAUCAGCUACCACUUUGUCCCAAACAGCAGCGCUCAACGGCCAAUCUACCUCUACGUCCUCGCAAACGAAUUCAUUACAAGAUAUACGACUAUAUCCGUCUAAUCCUCAAACAGGUGCCGAAAUGCGCUCACAGAUGCAAAGCCAGCCAGCAUCGGACCAGCAGCUCCAAGCGCAACCGCAGGAGACGUGCGGCAGGACUGCUACUGCCCAGUUCUUACAGAAUGUCAAUCUUGUCGCCGAAGCUGCGAAGCGGGCUCAGAUGGGCAUUCUAAUGCGCGAUUUUGAGGAAAUUUCUUUUGAUUAG